AUACAAUUACCCAGAAGCCAUCGUAUUCUCUCUUUCCCUGCCUUCAAAUCCCCAAAAGAGUCACCAUGCUAGGUCUAGCAAACAAUGUGGCUACCAAGGUGGCCUCAGUAGUUACCACUACUCAUCAACACAUUACUGGCGAUCAUGAGCUUAGCCUGUUUACCAUGUCUGACCAGAAAAUCUUGGAACAAAUUUAUGGUACUCAUGUUCAUGCUGAUGAAUCCUUUGAUGAUGAUUCUCUUUUCGGCAUCACCGAAAAUAUCCUUAAGCGUGCUACCCAAAUUGUUGACAAAAUUGUGCAGGGUACCCAAGUGCACGUGGAGAACAUAGAGGAGAAGACACCCAAAGCAGGCUUCAUUACACCACUGUGCACACUAAAGUCCAUAGCCAGCGAGAUGCAAUGCAAGCCUCCUAGUGAGGAAGUUGCCCACAACACAACCCUGUCCAUACUGAACAAGCUAUCAAGCUAUUCAUGGGAAGCCAAGGCAGUGCUGACUCUAGCAGCUUUUGCCAUGGAAUACGGGGAGUUCUGGCUCCUCGCCCAGCUUCAAGAAUCAGACCGACUCGCCAAAUCAAUUGCAAUCCUGAAGCGAGUCCCCGUGCUCCUCAAGCCCUCGGACCUGCACAAGAAAAGACAAGCAGUGCUUGAACUUAACAAUUUGAUCAAGGCCACAUUGCAAGUGAGUGAGUGCAUCGACCAAUUCGACAAGCUUUCCAGCUACGACCCAAAAGAUGUCCCAGGGUUGGCGAUAGCAAUGGACCAUAUUCCAGUUGAUGUGUACUGGGCUAUUGCCACUGUUGUUGCUUGUGCAACUAAGAUCACCAUCCUCACCAGUAAUGAGGACAAGGAGCAUGAUCUAGCCCCAUUUGCUCAAAAAAUUCACUAUGUCCUAAACAAGCUUAAGAUCCAGCUUAUUGUCUGCAGAAAACAAAUUGAGGAGGCAGAGACUUACCGGAGGCUAAGGAAAAUCUUCCAAACUCCUACUGAAAUCAUGGAGGUUUUCAAGGCCCUGAUUUUUACCAAGGAAAAUGUCCAGCCGCUCGUUGAUGGUUCUACUAAACAAAUGGUUAAAAUCGAUAUCCUGAGGAAGAAGAAUGUGUUGUUGUUCAUUUCAAGCCUAGACAUCUCUGAUGAUGAUAUCUCAAUCCUCAAGCCCAUCUAUGAUAUGAUAAAGAAGGACAAUCAGCACAAGAUUGUGUGGAUUCCGAUUGUGGAGCAUUGGACGGAUGACCUCCGAAAGAAGUUUGAGAGCCUCCGAAAUAAGAUGCCAUGGUACACAGUGCAGAUCUCGGCACCUGUAGCAGGCAUCAGGUUCAUCAAGGAGGAGUGGAGCUUCAAGGGUAAGCCCACACUAGUGGUGAUGAACCCACAAGGAAAGGUCGAACAUCCCAACGCUCUCCACAUGAUUAGGGUUUGGGGAGCCAAUGCUUUCCCUUUCACAAAGGCAACUGAAGAAGAGCUCUCACAUGUUCACGGAGAUAAAUGGAUUGGCACUGUUGUCCAAGGGGUUAGCCAAUCUGUUACGAUCAAAGAGGACAAGUACAUUUUCUUCUAUGGUGGCAAAGACAAUGGUUGGAUUCAAGAGUUCACAAAGAAAGCAACUGCCUUUGCAAAUGAUCCCAUCUUCAAGGAAGCAAAGAUUCACAUCGAAUUGUUCUGCGUGGGAAAAGGAAGCAAGGGAGAAGAUGACCAUGGCAUCCUCGGUAAGUUCUGGACUGGCAUCGAAAGCUUGUUCUUCACCAAGGUUCACAAGCCAGCCGACCAAGUCGGUCAAGAAAUCCAGAAGCUACUUUCUUACAAAAACGAAAGUGGAUGGGCUGUGCUCAGCAAAGGGCAUUCUGUGGUGCUCACCGGCCACGGUGUCUCGAUCUUGAGGGUGGUAGAGGACUUUGACAAAUGGAAGGACCAUGUGAAAGAGAGAGGCUUUGAGUUUUGCUUCAAGUCAUACCUUGAGAGGGUUCGCGCUGCGAAUCUACCUUGCUGCCGCCUUGAUAUUCCGGGCUCUACCGGGAAGGUUCCAGACACCAUGAAGUGUCCUGAUUGCCACCGGGGCAUGGAGACUUUCAUCAGUUACAAGUGUUGCCACACUGAUGGUCCUACUGCACAUCACUAAGUUCUCGGUCUCUUUCCCUUUACUACUUUAAGUGUGAUGUUGGCUAGUCUAAUAAGUUCAGAGUAGUAUGUUGUAAUAUCUAGAAUAAAGAGCAACCUAGUUAGCUCAUGCAUCAUGCAUGGUGAUACUUGAUGCCUAAUUAAUGCAGACUAGUAUGCUUAUGUAAUUGUCUUCCUGAGUAUGUUAUCAUGGUAUGUAGCUGCUACUUUAUGUAAUGUAAUGUUUAUUUGAAUAAUUUGAGAUGUCUACAUUUCCUUUUGGUGU